UAUUUAGGUUAUUUCAUGAUUAUUGUGUUGGCUUAAACCAUAUUGAUGUUUGAUUGAUCGGGGUCGAUAUCCUCUUUAUAUUCCACGGCACGGCACAGAAGAAGGAUGACCACGAUUCGUCCGUUUGUUUGUGAAGAUUUAUUUAGAUUUAACAAUGUGAAUUUGGAUCCAUUAACAGAAACUUAUGGUCUGCCAUUUUAUAUGCAGUACUUGGCCAGAUGGCCUGAGUAUUUUCAGACUUGUGAAUCAGCCGGUGGGAAGAUUAUGGGAUACAUCAUGGGAAAAGCAGAAGGAGGGGGAGAGAAAUGGCAUGGUCAUGUGACUGCCCUGACUGUGGCACCUGAGUUCCGUCGCCUGGGUUUGGCCAAAACUUUAAUGAAUAAUCUGGAACAGAUAUCGGAACAAAAAAAGUGUUUUUUCGUGGACCUUUUUGUAAGAGUGUCAAAUAAAGUAGCAGUCAACAUGUAUAGGAAGCUUGGAUAUGAUGUUUAUCGAACAGUGCUGGAAUACUACUCUGGUGAUGUAGAUGAAGAUGCAUAUGACAUGAGGAAGGCGCUAUCCAGAGACAAGGAGAAGAAGAGCAUGAUUCCGCUGAAGAGACCAGUCAGACCAGACGAGCUGGAUUGACCAUGAGCCAGGUGGAUCAUCAAGGAGACAUAUUGCUAUGGAUACUCUUAGGGACAGCCAUUUUUGUUCUCAUUUCAGUUUUGUACAUUUUAAUCCGAGAACUUGGAAACCACUUCUCAACCACUUUACCACCCCACCAAGAUUUGUAAGAUUAUCUUAUGUUUUCAAAAAAUAGGUACAUCAGGUUCUUGGUGAAUAUCUGAAGUGUUUGAUCAGUGUGUUAGACAUGGUAUUGCUUUCAGAAUCUGGUUGAUUUCUGUGUGAUUGUAUACGGUAGCUGUUUAUUAUGGCUUCUGUGGUUUUUGGUGGUAACAUGAUUGAUGGGUCUGUCUGUCUACUAAAACCGGCCACCUGUACUCCCUCAGACCUAACGGGGCUACAAGACUUCACCUCUACAUUGAUAAAACAA